AUGUCUAAUUGGAAUCGAGUGAAGGUUUUGGGUAAAGGUUCUCAUGGCAUAGUGUUCUUAGCAGUGCCAACUAGUGCACCUCUUGAUUUUGUUGCUCUUAAAGUAGUCUCGAUAGAAUAUUCUUAUUCACUCAUGAUAGAAGAAACUAUUUUGCUCAAUUUUAAUGGAUGUCCUGAAAUUAUUCAACGCGUUGGGAGUGGUAUCUGUUUUGAAGGAGACUCUCUAGAUACUGUUACUUACAACCUUGCACUGGAGUAUGCUACCGGAGGUAGUCUAACUGAUUUGAUUAGGCGACGGGAGAAAUUGCCAGAGGUUGAGGUCAAAGAGUAUCUUAGAAUGAUUUUAAGAGGUCUUUGUUGUAUUCAUGAGCGAGGGUAUGUACAUGGCGAUAUCAAACCAGAUAAUAUUCUUGUGUUCCCCGAUGAUACUGGCAAGAUGAAGUUAAAGAUAGCUGACUUUGGGCUUUCCAAGAAAUGCGAUGAGUUUGAGGAAGUGGUGAUAUCCACCAAUGCUAAACCGAGAUUUAGAGGAACACCAAAAUAUAUGUCACCAGAAUCCAUUCUUUUUGGUAUGAUUAACACUUCACUCGAUAUCUGGUCUUUAGGUUGUAUUUUAAUUGAAAUGGUUUCUGGAAAGCAAGUAUGGAGUGAUUGUAAAACUCUGGGACAACUAGCAAAAAAGGUUGUGAAUCAAAUGGAUCUACCAGCAGACAUUCCAGAUGAAUUAUCAAGAGAAGGAAGAGAUUUUCUUUCAAAAUGUAUCGAUCAAAAGUUUGAACAGAGAUGGACGGCUAAUAUGUUACUCAAGCAUCCUUAUCUUAAAGAAGAAUACGAAGUUGAUGAAUUGCCCUCGACUCAAAGUAUGCAUGAUUUAUCAAAUCUAGAAUGGUUCAAAGAAGAGGAUUUUUAUGAAAAUUAUUUUGAGCUAAAGUCUCAAGAUAAAUGGAUAAGUGACUUUGACUUACUUCAAGAUCUCUAUUGUAGCCAAGAAAAUAAAACUAUAAAAAAAGACGACGACAUAGCUUAA